AUGGCUAGCAGCAGCAUCUCCAAAGCUGAAUUCAUUGUCGGAGGGAAAUAUAAAUUGGUACGAAAGAUCGGGUCUGGCUCCUUCGGGGUCGUUUAUCUGGCGGUCAACAUCACCAAUGGUGAGGGGGUUGCAGUGAAGGUAGAAUCUCAGAAGGCCAGGCACCCCCAGUUGAUGUACGAGAACAAACUCUAUAAGAUUCUCCAGGGUGGGAUUGGCAUCCCCCGCAUACGGUGGUAUGGGCAGGAAAAAGACUAUAAUGUGCUAGUCAUGGAUCUUCUUGGACCCAGCCUGGAAGACCUCUUCAAUUUCUGUUCAAGAACCUUCACAAUGAAAACUGUACUUAUGCUAGCUGACCAGAUGAUAAGUAGAAUUGAAUAUGUGCAUACAAAGAACUUUAUACACAGAGACAUUAAACCCGAUAAUUUCGUAAUGGGCGUCGGCCGUCACUGUCAUAAGUUAUUUCUUGUUGAUUUUGGUUUGGCCAAAAAGUACAGAGACAACAGGACAAAGCAACACAUACCAUACAGAGAAGAUAAAAAUCUCACUGGCACUGUCCGAUAUGCUAGCAUCAAUGCACAUCUUGGUAUUGAACAGAGUCGCCGGGACGACCUGGAAUCGUUAGGGUAUGUUCUGAUGUAUUUUAAUAGAGCCAGCCUGCCUUGGCAAGGACUAACGGCUGCAACAAAGAAACAGAAAUAUGAAAAGAUUUGUGAAAAGAAGAUGGCCACAAAUGUUGAAGCUUUAUGUAAUGACUUUCCUGCAGAAUUUGCUAUGUACUUAAACUAUUGUCGUGGGCUAAGCUUUGAGGAAACCCCAGAUUACACGUAUCUGAAGCAGCUAUUCCGCACCCUUUUCAGGAACCUGAACCACCAUUAUGACUUCAUAUUUGAUUGGACAUUAUUAAAGCAGAAAGCAGCACAGCAGGCAGCCUCUUCAAGCGGGCAGGGUCAGCAGGGCCAAACCCCACAGGUUUCUAAGCAUGAAUGA